AUGUUCGAAAUCGAGGAACAAGAGACUGUCCACUACUAUGCCCCGGUAAACGACGGUGUCCGGGUUGCGGAAAUUUAUGAGGACAUUUUUGAAAAGCACCCGUCCGUCUCGCUGGUCAUCCACAUCCUCCCGUUCAAGGAUUCAAUCGAAUACAAGUGGAUGAAAACAUUGACUGCGCGCUAUGGACUGAUUCGCCAGGGAAUUCUGCUGGAAAAUGCCUUGAAUAAAUUUGCCGACUUGGAUCGUGAAAUGGUGCUCGGCAACGUGGCCCAGUGGAUUGGACGGGAGGCUCUGAAGAGCUCUGGUCUCGGAAAGGCUGCUGCUAUGUCCGAGGUAUCCCAUGAUCUGACGGUCAAACGCAUCGUCGACUCAAACAAUGACAAGGAUAAUGCCGAGACGCAGAUUCCUCGCUUCAAUCAAGCACUCGUUAGCCAAUCUGGCCAAUUGCUUCACGAUCUCACAAAAGAAAAAAAUGGUAUCCUGGCUGAUGUGGACACGGCGACCUUGUCUUUUGACGGCUUCCCAUUGAACGUCUCCAAGUUUUCA